CCACCUUGCAACAUGUACCCAAAACGUCCCGCACGUCAGCCUCAUGAACUACACCUACCUUCCGACCCACCCUUUCCCGCAGAGCAGCGUGCUCCCCUCCGGACCCACCAUCAUCAUGACCACCAACCCGUCCUCCAAGAAAACCAGCAACCUCGUGUCAAAUCCCAACGUCAGCCUGCUCGUGCACGACUGGGUCUCCUCCCGCCCACCAGCCACCACAUCUGCCGAUCGCGAACGGAGUCCCACCGGCGGACCGCGGAGUAGCCUCGCCGCCAUGCUCAUGCAGAUGAACAGCACGGCCGUGAGCAGCAUCAGCACGACGAUGAACGGGCAAGCCCGCGUGCUGGACGCAGGUUCCGAGGAAGAGAAAUGGUGCAAGGAGCAACAUCUGCAGAACAACACAUUUGACAGCGAUGCUUCUGGCGGUGAAGGAGCAGGAGGGAGAGCAGGAGUGCAUACUGGCACGGGGUUCACAGAGAUCUAUGGCUCUUCGCCGGCGCAGACGAGGGCGGUGACGGGAGGCUCGGGCGACGGUGGCAGGGAACGCUACAUCGAGGACGAGUCGGUGAGGGUGGUGGUGGUGAAGAUCAGUGAUGGGAGGAUCAGCGACUGGAAGGGCGCGGUGAAGGAUUGGGUGAUAGCAGAAUCCACGGGAACGACGACGCAGGCUGGUGCUGGCGCUGGCGCGCCGCUGGUCAAUGGCAUUUGAUGAGAGAACCGAGAUAUCCACGUGCACCAUGAUCCUCGUCCGGCUCGAGGCAGGAAAGAGUCAUCAAAGUCUCGGGGAUACAUACAGUCUCCGGCAUGAUCGCAGUGGUGGCUGGCGGGUGCAGCGCUGUUUUUCUCUCCCAGCCGUGUCUCAUCCAUGGGAGGUGCUGCAUAAUUUAUGCAUGAAAGCACAAAACGGUCACAAACCUGCCCAGACGGAGCUGCAGAAGAAUUUAUGAAAAGACAACGUUCGCAAUGAUCAUUUUGUAUAAUAUCUAUCUGGUCUGUUUGAAAAAGUUAUGCAAUGCGAAAGCUCCCAGUGAUAUGCCCUCCCAGAAGACUAGCGCAAACGAACCCCAUCAUCCAGAAUGCGAAGAGAACAAAAG